AAGAUCUAGUCGUAGUAUAUAACAUCAAGACCACCUACGCCUCCUUAGUUCUUAAUGCUGCUACUACUGGCUUCGUUCUUGAUUUCUGUAACAAGUACACUCUACUUCUCCAAGAAAACGCAUUUGUUUGUUCCUCGAACAUGGUUUCACACAAUAACCUUUCUGCUUGUUGUAUAUCACACCAGUUCUACAAAGUCGCUACAAACAAUCCCAAUAAAAUUGCUGUAAUUCAAGCUUGUGGGGGUCUUAAAUUCGCCAAAGAAUUUCAACUACUUUGUAACGAAAACGGCGAAAAAGAAACCUGGGAUAAGUUUGAAGAGUUUGUUUCUUCCAAAAGAAGGUCGGUUAAUCCCCCGGUUUACGAAAGUGAUGAAUGCUUCACGUUUUCCGAUGUUUUAUCAGCCGUUGAUUGUCUUAGUUCACGGCUCAGAUGCAUUCUUGAUGGGAAUGAUGAUGACCCCAAUCUUGUCAAACCCUCUAAAGUAGUUAAUAUGCAUCAAACUGCAAAUAACUGCAGUUCUAAGGACCAGUUAAUCUUGGGGUCUUCUGAUCAAGGUUUAGAGCAGUAUACACAGCUCCAUAAAACAUAUAGCCCAAGAAUAGUUGGAAUAUAUAUGGAACCUUCAGUUGAGUACAUUGUUUCUGUUCUAUCCGUUUUGAGGUGUGGAGAAGCAUUUCUACCUUUAGAUCCAUCUUGGCCAGAGGAAAGGAUAUUAUCGGUAAUAUCUUCUUCAAAAGCUGAUCUUAUUGUGGGCUAUGGUUCUUCAGUUGACAGAACUUGUCAUCAGUUGGAUAGAUUACGAUGGCUCAUUCAUAAAGGCAGUUAUCCUGUUUUUUAUAUGUCAAUGGAGGAUUUUAUCCAAAAAAAAUCUGACUCAUUGUUAGGCUGGCCUUGUGAAAGUGAAAGGUUGAGAUCAUUCUGCUACUUGAUGUACACAUCUGGAUCCACUGGAAAACCUAAGGGGGUAUGUGGCACUGAAGUUGGUCUUCUGAACCGCUUCUUGUGGAUGCAACGAUCAUAUUCCUUUCAAAAAGAAGAAAUCCUUCUUUUCAAAACAUCCAUAAGCUUCAUUGACCAUUUGCAAGAAUUUUUAGGAGCAAUACUUGCUAAUUGUACGUUGGUCAUACCUCCUUCCAAUCAGCUGAAGGACAAUAUAUUUUGUGUAGUCAAUCUCCUACAGGAAUAUUCUAUUAGCAGGCUCGUGGCAGUUCCAUCUCUUAUAAGGGCGAUUCUUCCUGCUCUGCAGAGCAUGUAUUAUUCUACAGCUCCGAUUUUCUUAAAACUUCUAGUGCUAAGUGGUGAAAUUUUUGAUAUGUCGCUGUGGAAGAUGCUUGUCAAGUUGCUACCCCAGACUUUUGUUCUAAAUAUAUAUGGAAGCACAGAGGUUUCCGGUGACUGCACAUAUUUUGACUGCAAGUGGUUGCCAACAAUGUUGGAGCAAGAUGCUCUGGGCAGUGUUCCAAUAGGCAUUCCCAUUGACAAUUGUGAUGUGGUUCUUGUUGGAGAAAAUUCUUCUGAUGAGGGGGAAAUAUGUGUCGGUGGAAGUUGUGUUGCUUCUGGAUACUAUUGUCAUCCGUCUAUUUUGCCAUUGGAUAAUGUGGAAUUACAUCAAGAAAUAGCUGAUGCCAAGAACGAUGAAAAAGAAGUGAAGUGUUACUUUAGAACCGGGGAUUUUGCCAGAAAGCUUUCAGAUGGAAACUUGGUUUAUAUUGGGAGAAAAGACCGCACUGUAAAGAUCAGGGGGCAGCGUAUUGCUUUAGAGGAGGUUGAAAGUGUUCUGAGGGACCACCAAGAAGUAGCUGAUUCUGCUGUGGUUUCUCGUUGUGUUCGAGGAGAUAUUUUACUUCUUGAAGCAUAUUUACUGCUCAAGCAAAAGGAAUACAACCUUGAGGUCUUUGGGUCCUCAAUUAGAUGCUGGAUGGCCGACAAACUUCCCCCAGCUAUGGUUCCUGCUCGUUUCUACUUUGUUGAAUCUAUUCCUAUAUCUUCUUCAGGGAAAGUGGAUUAUAACAUUUUGGCCACUUCUGCAGCGGUUGAGGCAGGUAACCAUGUUGAGAUUGAAGAAACUCAAGAUACCGAUCUCAUUAAUGUUAUACAAAAGGCUUUUUCUGAUGCUCUGUCGGUUGUUGAUAAAAUCUCCCUUGAUGAUGACUUCUUUGAGAUGGGUGGCAAUUCUCUAUUAGCAGCUCAAGUCUCUUAUAAUCUAGGAAUUAAUAUGAAGGACUUAUAUGCUUUUCCAACUCCAUUGAAACUUCAGAAGGCCAUUCAACACAAAAAGGUAUCCUCUAGCCGUGAACUUAGAGCUGAUGCUUUAGUGGGAGUGAACUCGCAAGUGCAAGAAAAAAGCAAGCUUCCUUCUAAUAAAUCUUGGAUGCCUGGUCUAGAUAGCAGUACCUCUUUGAGUUUGACCAGUGAUUAUCCCGUUAAACGUUUGAAAACGGAUUCAGCUUUGGAUAUUGAUCCCAAUGAUGUAAAUGGAAGAGAUAUGAAUAAUUCAACUUCGUCACAGGUUUCAUGUUCUUACAGCCGGUGCAACAAAGUAAGGCAUGAUGCAGGUUGUGAGGGUUACAGUUGCCAUUCGGUGUUGUCUUGGGAAGUUCCUUGUGAUAAAAUAGGUUUCAUGCGAGAACAGUGGAUGUUCUACAUGGAGUCUUGUGUUGAUGCAUCACCACUGGUUGUAUUUAAAGAAGGAAGUGUUUAUCUGUUUAUCGGAGCUCACUCCCACAAAUUCUUUUGUAUUGAUGCAACAAGUGGUCUUGUUUUGUGGGAGAUCAAAUUACAAGGACGUGUUGAGAGUUCCGCAGCAAUUCUAGAUGACUUUUCUCAGGUUAUUGUCGGAUGCUAUGACGGAAACAUUUAUUUUCUGAACUUUUCAAGUGGCAUCCCUUGUUGGAAUUUUCAAACACAAGGAGAGGUCAAAUCACAGCCAGUCAUCGACAAAGAGAGGCACUUGGUCUGGUGUGGGUCACAUGACCAUAAUCUCUAUGCCCUUGAUUAUGAGAAUCGCUACUGUGUUUACAAAUUUCGAUGUGGUGGUAGCAUUUUCGGUGCACCUGCACUUGAUGAGGUGCUUGAAAAACUCUAUGUAGCAUCCACUAGUGGCAGAGUAACAGCACUAUUUGUCGGGGCUCUGCCAUUUGGUCAACUAUGGGUACAAGAGUUUGGAGUUCCUAUUUUUGGGUCACUUUCUGUCAAUCCUUCAUCUGGAAAUGUUAUAUGCUGCAUGGUGGAUGGAAGUGUUGUUGCGCUGGAUACUGAGGGAUCUGUCGUCUGGAAGGUGAGUACAACUGGCCCAAUAUUUGCUGGGCCCUGCAUAUCUCGUGCACUACCUUCGCAGGUGCUUGUUUGCUCAAGAGAUGGCAGUGUCUACUCCUUUGAUUUGGAAAAAGGUGAUUUAUUCUGGAAGCACGGUGUUGGACAUCCAAUUACUUCAUCUGCCUAUGUUGAUGAACACUUGCUAUUGGCAUGUAUUGAUUCUUCUCUGUCUCAAAGGUUAGUCUGUGUUUGCUCCAGUUCUGGAAAUAUACAUGUUCUCCGAGUCAGUUUGAAUUUUGACGGAGAAAAUCAACCAUGUGAUAUGGUGCGGGAAUUUGCUAGGUUUGAACUUGGAGGAGACAUCUUCUCCUCCCCGGUGAUGAUAGGUGGGGAAAUAUUUGUUGGUUGCCGGGACGACUAUGUGCACUGUAUUAGACUCCAGGAAGAAAUACCAAUAUAAGCCUAUUAGAUCUUGUCUUUCACAUGCUCAAUCUGUGGGGGUAUACAACUCCUCAGUAUCGAAGCAUCAAAUAUUGGCAAAGAAGUUUCCUGCUAAUUAUUUGAGCCUUGGACUUUGGAAGAAUCAAACCAUGAGGAAAUCACGAGCAUCCUUGACAUCCUUCUAUUGCUGGAAAUGCUGUGGUGAACUUUGAGAAAAGAUCUGAUGCAGUGUGGUUCUUGGUGCACUUUAGGUACCCUGUGAAAUUUUGUCAAACUCUUUGCAUAGAGAAAGGCUCAGUGCAUUUCCCACUUGGGAAAGGAAUGGUUAUUUUUCCUUAUAUCACCAAUAAUUUGAACGGAAGAAGAUACUCGAUGCAAUAUCCAGAGAGACUGUUUGGAAGGACUAAAUAAUGAAUCAGGUCUUCAUUCAACUAAUGUGCUCACUGUCCACCUUCCUGAUGACAAAAAGGUGCUCCACUUAAAGCCUGCUUUCGUGAGACAAUUUUGUUGCUGUUGUGAAAGCACUAAAUAACAAUCAAGUCUCUCCAACUAGUGUGCUAACCACCCAGCUUCGUGAUGACAAAAAAGGGCCCCACAUAAAGCCAGAUGGUUGCUGCUUUCCUGAGACAUUCUGCUUUUCUUGAUAAGCAGUCCCAAAAGCUGGCUGAUGAGGUAAGGAUUUCCCAAGAUCACAAAAGGAGAUAGCAACUCAUAUAACAUGGGUGCCCAAAAUUGGCUAAACUAAGAUAGGGAUGGGUCUGGCUUGCGUCAUAUCAAGAAAAUGGAUUGUGAACAAGAAAAUGGAUUGUGAACCUAACUCAAUCUCAAAAGCUAACUCAUGACGUAAGACUUGCCCAAGGCAAGUAUGGAGACAAUUCAUUCCCCCAAAAAAAAUAUGGGACAUACUAAUACUUCCAAUUCAUGCUCAACAUUUCCUGCUUUGACAUGAUUUAUACCCCAAUGCUUCUUGAUAACACUUGGCCUGAUGCAUCAGAUAGAACGAACCAUGUGUGAAACCGCAUUGACACACUAAGCAUUUUUCUCUAGAAUGAAAGCUAAGAGACGUGGAAGUCGUGCCUUAUUUUUUUCACCUCAUCUCUUGGUAGGUUGUAUAAAUAUCCUCUGCUUGCCUAAUCGUAUGUAUCUUUAUUUUACAAGAACGUAUAUAACUGACCGAUGGGUGGAUAAUGGUGAGUAUCAAUUUACAUACAGGGGAUGUGCUGCCAUUGAUAUGAAAGUUUAUUUCAAGACCCCUCUUAGUAAUUGUGUGUACAGAUUGGGUUAUAGCUUUAAUGCAAUUCAUUUUAGAGAAGCAA